AUGCACACUGUUGCACAAUCAGCGUGGAAAAGUGUACAAGAGAGCGAUCUUUUUAUAUCACAAUCUAUUACGAAUUUUCUUCUGUUACAGGAACAAAUGGGACUAGUUGUGCCUUGGAUCAUUGGAUUCAUAACAUUCACAUCCUUAGAGGCUGUAUCUAUGGUAUAUUCGAAUGUUUUAAGAGAUCAUGUAAAUAGGGAGUUUGAUGGCCUAUGUAAAGCUGAAAUGGCUUUUUUCAUUGUACGAACAUUCACAAAUAUGUUUGCAUUAUACUCCGUAAUGCGUUUCUUUCACAUGUUACGUGCUGGUGUUACGUGGAAGGGUCCCGAGGCAAUUGAACUAUGAUAU